AUGCCUGCCCCUACUACUGAAGCUCAAAUGGAAAAGUAUGUUCAAACAUGCCUUGAUUCUAUUCCUCUUGAUUUCUUUCAAAAGUAUUGUAACUGGUCUGCUCAGUUCAUAGAUGUAUAUAGAAAGGGGUUGACAGGAGCACAGGCUCAAUAG